AAAGUAAAAAAUGGAUAUUUUUGUGAGAUAUAUUAAAAUAAUAAAAAGUGUUACUAAAAUGGUAAAAGAUGGAAUGUUUUUGGGGGAGUAUUAAAUAGAGUGGAGUGGAGUUUAAAAGACAAGAAAAGAAAUGCAUUAAUUGGAAGAUGUGUGCAGCAAUAAUAACCAAAUCUUACAACCCAGAGUCAGCUUAGCUGCCAAACCAAAUAUCGGAUUCCAUUCUCGUCUCUCUCUUUCUCUCUCUAAAUCCAUAUUCAUCACAUGCAACAGCAACAGACGCCCAUUCAUCACCAUUAGCGAGCAUGGGCUACCUCUCCUGCAAAACGGAAUCAUCCAUCUCCACAGCCGAUUCCCACCCCAUCAAAAUCCAAGAAUUCAACUACAAAGACCUCCAAUUAGCCACCGGCAACUUCUCCGACGCCAAGCUCCUCGGCCGAGGCAGCCACGGCCUCGUCUACAAAGCCGUCCUCCGCGGCGGCCGCCUCGUCGCCGUCAAGAAACCUUCCGCGCCACCCCUCUCCCACAACAAUCCUAACGAAGUCGACAACGAAAUCGACAUCCUCUCCAGCCUCCACAGCCCCAGCCUCGUCAACCUCCUCGGCUUCUCCUACAAUGGCGCCGCCGCCCACGGCCGCCUCCUCGUCGUCGAAUUCAUGAGCAACGGCACUCUCUACGACGUCCUGCACACCAAUCCCCGCCCCCCGAAUUGGGGGCGCCGCCUCAGAUUGGCUCUGCAGACCGCCAGAGCCGUCGAAACCCUCCAUUCCUCCGCGCCGCCGGUGAUCCACCGCGACAUCAAAUCCGCCAACGUCCUGAUCGAUCGGAAUCUCAACGCUAGGUUAGGCGAUUUCGGCCUCGCCUUGAGGUGCGUCGACGAUUACAGGCUGCGAUCGACGCCGCCGGCGGGGACGAUGGGGUAUUUGGAUCCCUGCUACGUCACGCCGGACAACGUGAGCACGAAAACCGACGUCUUCAGCUUCGGAAUUCUGCUCCUGGAGAUCAUCAGCGGCAGGAAGGCUCUGGAUAUGGGGAAUUCCCCGCCGUCGGUGGUGGAUUGGGCGAUUCCGUUGAUAAGGAGGGGGAAAUUUUUCGCCGUGUACGAUCCUAGGGUUCCGCCGCCCAAGGAUGCGACGGUGAGGAAGAUGCUGGCGGUGGUGGCCGCCAAAUGCGUGAGGUCGUGUAGAGAGAGAAGGCCGUCGAUGAAGGAGGUAGCGACGUGUUUGGCGGAGCUGAGCAAGCUGCUUCCUCUGUAUUCGUGGAAUGGCUUGCCCAAUCCUUGCAUGAUGGCGGAGGAUGUCGGACUCGUUGGAACGCCAUUGAAGAAUCACCUCGAUUUGGGGGUUCGAAGCAAUUUGAUGGAGUUGAUGGCUACCCCUAAUGAUGAUGCUGGAUUGAGACCUAGGGCUAAAAGGGUGCCCAAUUUGAGAUUUUGAUUUUAGGGAAAUUGGUUGAAGAUGGUAAAGAUAAGAGUGCAGAGCUCAAAAAUGUGAGCUUUUCUUUGUAGAUUAAUUGUUUCUAAUGUUGAAUUGUAUUCUAAUUAUUAUUUGCGUUGUUAAUUAAUUGUUUAAAGUGAAUGGCAAAAAUUACAUUUGUUUCAAUUUCAA